CUGCAGCCGACGCGCCGUGUGGACCCCUACGUCAUUGGCUACGUACUCCCGGGCGGAGUCGCUGCGAGUGUCGUGUGGGACGGGUUUGUCGGCUGUGAAACUACACAUUUGUCAGUGGUACAAGAAGGGUGUAUUACCAUGCGUUAUGAUUUGGGGACGAUUGUGCUUGCGGCGUUGAUAGCCACCGCCAACGGCGCGUGCGACACCAACACCCUCUUCUUCGGUGACGUCAACUUAUCGACGGUACCGCCCUACCAGCUGACCGUGGUCUCCGCUGUGGGAACCUACGUCCUCGAACCCAACAACGUCUCCCUGGUUGCCUACCGACACAUCGGUCGACCCGAUCAGUUUCUUCUACAGGAGCCAUCAGCAGCGGCGCAGAAAAACUGGGUUGUAGCAACACUGCCUGAUAAUAAGAAGCCGGCUGAAGUGCAGCAUGCGUACGAGGCUUGGCCGGAGGCGGGGAACAUCCUCGCACGUGGAGAGUUUGAAGGAGAGCCGUGGGCUCCCGGUGCCGGAGCAUGGGAGGUGAACGAUUGUGAUGAGGGUCGCACGCCACUGCCGUCGCUGAGUUUGUCGUGCGUGGCGCCCACGUUUGGACAGUGUGCCACCGAGCGAUGGCGUGUUGUCGAACCCGAAUCGACGUUCGUGGAUGUCCUGACACCGGCGGAGAAGGAAGUCCAGAGUCAUGGCCGACGGGAGUUCCAGUCGCCGUCGCAGCGCGUGUACGUUGGAGAUGAUGGCCGCUGGAGGCUGGCCUCCAAGAGCCCGGCGAAGGUGAAGCUCGUGUCCACGACGACGGCGGAGAGGUUGGAACACGUCCGGGGCUGGCGUGCCGUUAGCGAUGCCGGCGCCGAGUCGGAGACGGAGACGAAGAUCGAGUGCGAGCCACUCAGAUCUGGAGAGACCGACCCGUGUGCCGCCAACCCCUGCAAGAACAACGGUACGUGUAUCGCGGUACCCGACUCGCCUGGCGCCUACCACUGUCGCUGUCAGUUCGACAGCGUCAGUCCCAACUGCGAGGCGGUGCGGGAGUGUCGCGUGCCCAAGCGGGUCGCCAACGCGCAGCUGCUCUUCACCAGCGACCUCUCGCCCCAGGGUAAGGCGUUCUACCGGUGUGAUGUCGGUUACUACGUGAAGAACGGCACCGGCUCGGCGGGGAAUCGCACCACCAACAGCGCCUUCGCCACGUGUGACGGACGUAGCUGGAACAACGUGCCCACGUGCGAGCCCAUCACCACCACCGUCACCAUCGAGGCUGCCUACGUGCACCACUGCAACUUCGACGCCGGCUGGUGUGACCGCUACCAGUACGGCGCCACCCUGACACCCACCGGGCGCACCUUGAGCUGGGAGCGCACCACCUCGCAGGAGGAGGGCCGCAGACACUACGCCAGCGUGCGUCACUCGGGAUCGUCUGCUGAACGCCAGCUGGGUAUACUCCAAACGCCGUGCAUGUUCGUACCCACCGAAGGCUGUGUCGCCGUGGAUGUUCUCCUGGAUAAAAAUGCCACGCUUACGAUCGUGGACGACGAUGAAGUCACUCUCUGGAGAACCGCCAGCGAGACGCAAUGGACGACCGCAACGCUGACGCUUCCUCCCGGCAGCAACCGGCUCUCGUUUGAGGCAGUUCUGGGACGCACCGGAGCGAGAGUUGCCGUCGAUAAUAUUCGCGUGUUCCAGUGGAAUUGCGGUCAGGUGACCAAGCUUCUCUUCCCUCCCCCUCCGUCUUCUCGAUCGUCGGCGUCGGCAAUGCUCGAGGCCGUGACGCCUCUGCUUUCGCUGCUGGCACUGCUCGCCUAUAGCAAGAUGGCCGGCGUGCUGGCUGCCUAAGAUGACCGCGUUGAUGGCUCUACCAAGAUGGCCGUCGUUAAAACGGCCAAUACCAAGAAAGCCGACGAGCUUACAGCAAAAAAAUACCAAGCAAGCAUGCUGAGAAUCGCAAAGAGGGCUAUAGUUACGGCAUCCGAUUCACUGGCGAAUCGCAGCUCGCGACAAGGAGUGCUGAAAAGCAGGGCGGUCGCCUAAUAGAUGUCGCAAUUGGGAAAGUGAUCCUGGCACCUGACCAUGCUGAUACGACCUGCACCUUGAUGCCCACGCCUGAGGUUCUGUCAAACCGAUUAGGCGUGUAUUGUUUAGGCUGUUUAUAGGGGCAGGUGCUGUCGAAUUGCAAGCUUUCCAUCAACCUACCUUGAAGGUCAUCCUUAGUUCCCAGGAGCAAAUAGCAAUGCUUACCAGAGAAACCCAGUAGCUUGGAUCUGUUGUAACGUACCUAACCAGUUGGCUAAUUCGCAUCAACUCCUUUCGACGCAUUAUUUUUAUUAGACGGCGUAAAUUUACAGACAUAAUAUGGGCCUUAACUACCUAAGGGUCCAGUCCAAUGUCUUUCCGUGGACCUUGAAGAACGUACUUGUACAAUCCAUACUUAAACCUGAGCCAGUUCACUAUGGGGACCCUUUAUUACACAUGUUUAACCUUUUGUACCGAGAUACCAACGCGCAGGGCCCACUUUAUUCGACGUGCAUUUUUAACAACACUUUUAUUGGCCAGUAAUUCAACUCAUUAGACUAAUGCGUCGCGGUAGAUGCGGACAGGGACCCGUACGGAUUGGCUUUACUAUUUGAACCACUGGAACAAAUGCCUUUCGUUCGGCGGCAGAUUGGUACUAGGAGCCCGAGGAAGGCCGCAACAGCAACUGCGCUUGUAUACAUUGUAUGCAUUGUAUACAGUGCCCAGGGCCCUGAAACAGUGUCCAGGUAUUUGGCGUCACCGUUUAGGGAUGAUGUCCCGUUGUUUUGAUUAAGAGUGAACCCUUUUGAGAGAGAAAAAGAAAUAUUGCCUCAAAUGGACCAUUCAGCUCGUCGAAUUUACUUUUAGUAGUCUUUUGGCUGUCGUAGCAUAUAGGUCAUAUCAGUACUUUCCUCUUUAUUGCCAUGCCCAUGUCCCACAACUAGGCCAAUUUUGGCCACAUGUGCGGCCUCCUCAAAAUCACUUUGAAAUCGACCUCAUUGCAAACUUUCUACCAGCUUCCCGAAAAUGCAGAAGUGUGAUUUAAAACGCCACGACGGGCUCUCUAAAUGUCAGCUCUCCUCGCCCCCACGUCUGUUAUACAGAUUCUAGGCGAUCAAUGUGCUGUGACGUCACUCUGCCAGUGACGUCAUCGGGGCUUUAUAAGCUACGCUUUGCCUCCAGGCAUGGCGUUGGACUGCGAGGUUGAUGCAUGCGAAGGCUGGCGCUUUGAUGGAGCUCAUGUAUCUCUAUUGCGGUUUCAAUCCCUUAGACUUUGUCGGUACGCUUCAGCGCAGGGGACAGGCUUUCUGUGAACGUCGCAAGCUUUAGCUGUGGAUCGUCUGUAAGCGUAAGCGAAGAGCUUUGGCGACUGGUGAUGUUAUAGGCUUCAGCUUGAGGUCGCCUCUUUCCUCUUUCUGCAUUUUUGCAGGCGCUGUGUGUCACACCGACAGUGCUGUUUUGGGCGCUUGAAGAGCUCUUAUUACAGAGCUCAGAAGGUGUGGCCGCAGACACGGUACGUGGCUGUGUCAAGAGGUCUGAAAAGGUCGCACUGCGCGGUGGCGCCGGUGACCUUUGAUCCGUGCUGACUGCUGGUACCUAUCUUGGAUUGGCCAGCAGCGGUUAGUUAGUCAUUUCUGGCUGAAAUGUGUAUUUUUGCGCUACUGUGAGUGUGGACUUUUGGUCUCGGUUGCCGUCCACUGUUGUCAAUGCGGUGCGCAUGUUUUGUACCGCCAAUGGCUUUUUUUCUGUCCGGAAGCUUCACAUUCGAUUAAAUCCUAAUAUUUCUAUCGCUAACCUAGCCAUUGUGUCACGCGUUGUCGUAAAAUUGCUAAAUGUUGCUUGUAAAAGAUUGUCGGUGAGCUUUCUAGGUGCUCUACCUGUGCUAUCACAUCUGUCUGUGUCCUGAUAUUGUGACGUUAAUAAUCUAAUCACAUAUUAAUCACAAUAGCCAAUGUAAUCCUUUGUGACUAAGCUGUUAAACAUUUAUGAGAGCACUGCGCCGAUGAGAGAUUAGACUUCAUGUACCGCAUAGCACGUGCUCCGCAGUUUUAUUCUGCAUGUAGGUAGGUGCGCGAGGCCCGAUGGGCUGAACCCGGGCUAUAAGGCUAAUCAUGGCAUCAGUCUUAUGAGCUGAAAGCGCAUGACCGAGUGAAAUGCGGGAACGGGUCGAUUCGCUCGACAGAAUUGGCUUCGGUUAGUGGUAACCUGUCGUCUAACUUCGGUUGACAGAGCUGCAGGUUGUAAUUUUUUCGGUGUUCGGCUUAGGUACCUGAGGCACUCCUUUACAUUGUGUUUUGAACCUAAUAUUCUUGCCAUGUUUUUUCGGGUCAAAGGAUGUGUGUGAUUGUCUACCCUGAUUUCUCAUUCUCGCACCAUUUGGUGAUUGGUUAUUGUGAUGCCGUACGCAUACAGUUGUUCUAAAAAGAAGUCAAUAAAUGGAUUAUUUAAAAAAAA